GUUGGGCAACCCUCGCUUCGGAGUGCAGUGCGGAGUCCGAAAUUGUGACACGCGCAGAUGGGAAACAGAGGUCGCCUUCUCCGCCGCCGCCGCCGUUGAUGAUGGGCAGCAAUCCGCCCGAGCACGGGACCAAGCCGAGAUCCACCCGAAGCCACAACAACAGACCGCAGAACCACCGAGUGGUGCGCAAGCAGCCGCCGCGUCCCUCCGUCAGCGACCGCCACAACAUCUACAUCACCAGCAAGACAGACUUCAAGGCCCAGCAGCGCCGCUGCGAGGAGCUGCUCAACUCCGGCGCCCGCGAGAUCUUCCUGCAUUGCAUGGGCUUCUCGGUCACCCGAGGCCUCAAUCUCGCCCUGCGCCUUGUCCACAACUCGGAGGGCGCCCUCAGCUACGCCAUCAACACGUCCACCGUCCAGCUGGUGGACGAGCUGCAUCCGCUGUGCGAUGCCGAGGACAUAGCCUUCCGCCAGCGCAACAACUCGGCCCUGCACAUCAAGAUCUUCAAUCGCAGCCUCUUCGACAUCGUUGUGCCGCAACCGUCGCAGUCGCAAACGCAAGCCCAGUCCCUGGGACAGUUCCGGGGCAAGCCGAAGGCCAGACAGUAG